UUAAAAAAAGAUUUGUCCGACGGCCAAUUUUUUUUUCCCGAAUUCAGGGCUCUUAAUACAGCGUUAAAAACACGCAAAUAUUUACCUCAACAUUCCCUUGUUAACGGUCUAAAUUCCUCAUCCCUCCAAGUUUUUGAUUUAGGGUUUUAUUUCUUUUAACGCACCUGCAAUCUUCAAUGGCAUAUAAUUUGUUUUAUUUUUUUUAAUUCAAUCUCAUUUAUUCGGUGUUGUUUCCGAACCCUCACAAUGGGAGUUAUUAAAUUGGAGCUUCCCUGUCCAAAAAGCGUUGAUGGAAUCACAGUCGAUCCGGAGCCCGAUUGGAGCUUUGAAGUGCUUUUGUCUGAGAUUAAUUCACUAGAAAUAAAGCUCAAUGUCUCUUCAACUGCUGUGCCUUUCACCAAAAAAAAAUCAAGAGGAAUUCCAAAUGGGAAAAGUGUUGAAAGAAAAGCCGGAGCUUUUGUUAUGCGUUUAUCGGAUGAUGAGAUUGAUUUCGAUUUUGAAACUCAGGGUGAGGAGGUUCAUAAUCAAGGUCCAGUGGCAGUCAAACGAUUUAGCUGUGAUGAGCUUUAUCUGAGUGAGAGCGAUGAUUCUGAUGAUGACAAAGAACUUGAAACGGCGCCAUACUUGAUGGAUGAAGUGGGGUUAGCAGAAGGUGCUUUGGUUGAGCUAACCCAUGAGCACCAGCUUGGAGUUAAGGAGGAGAUUAGGAACCUGAUUUCGACAUUAGAGACAGAGCUAAUGAGUGAAAAUGAACAGUCUUCCUCUGCACUUGCUCAAGUUGAGAAAUAUAGAGACAUGAGAAGGGAAAUGGAUAAGAAACUUGAUACUCAAUAUCAGCGCAAAAUUGCAGAAGCACUUGAUAAUCAUUUGACUGCUAUCCAGCGAGAUCAUGAACUUAAAUCACAAAUUGAAGAAAGGAAAAUAAGAAGUGAUGCAGCUUACGAAGAGGCCAAGCGGAAGGAAAGGGCUCUUCAAGAAGAAAAACAACGUCAAGAAAAAAUGAAAACAGAAGCAGAGGCUAAAAUUAGAGUUGAGGAGGCAAAAAAAGCUGCUUUAGAAGCUGAGAGGAGAGCAGUAAAAGAAGCUACAGAGAGAGAAGCUACUGAAGCCUCUCAAAGAAUUACCCCUGCAGCAUCUCAAGGUGAAGCCACAGGGCGCCAGAUGGAUGGUGGUUCAGUAAUUUUGAAUUCUCAAUCCAAGGGAUCCGGAUCUGAUAGAAAAAAGAAUUCACAAUCAGCAGGUAAAAUACUCAGAGCUGCAGAAAGUGCACUAAAGAUGGAGCAGAACAGACUACAGAAGCUUAAAGAGUGUGAUGAAAAGAAUCAGGCAUUGACAUCAAGCUCCAAUAAGGAUUUCAGCAGCCAUGAAAGGCAUAUUUCCAGGCUGAUAAGACAAAUAAGGGGUACAAAAGAUAAUGUCAGAACCAAAGCAAGUGAAAUUAUUAAGAUUUUCAACAAUCCUCUUUGUCCUCAAUCUGUCAGCAUUGCAGCUUUUGCAAAGAAGGUCGUCUCCCAUUGUGAAAGCCCUGAUAAUGCUGCUUUUGCUUGUGGCUAUGUCAUUGUUCUGGUUACUUCACAGGUACCACAAGUGAUGGAUCUUCUUCUUGGUGAGUUCCAUAGAGCUUGCAUCUACACUGUUCCAAAACAUAUAGUGUACUCAGAGUCUGCAUUUGAAUCUAAAGAUGCUUAUUACAAAAUUCUUGGAUACCGAGAAGAAGAUGGAAAAAUUGAGAGUCUUGAGGAUUAUUUGAGACGAUUGGAAUCCUACAUGAGAUUGUAUGCUGCACUCAUUCAGACAGAAGUGCAGGGUGUACAAAACACACAUGGCUUGGAAGAAGGUUGGACAUGGCUUGCAAGGUUCUUAAAUACUGUGCCUGCCAAUAUAUACACUGCUGUUGCAUUGAAUGCAUUCCUGCAAAUGGCAGGUUUUGCUCUCUUUCGCAAAUAUAAAUCUCAGUUUAGGAAGAUGAUCAACAUAAUCUCUGACAACUUUCUGAAUGCAUUGAGAGCACGAGAAGACUCAAAGCUGAAGCCAGUGAUUGCGGGGAUUCAAUCUUAUAUAGAAGAUAAAAAAUUCCUUGAGGAACCUGAAGGGAGGACUUUGCAGGCUUCAUUACUAUCAAGUACAAUGGUUCCAGAUUCAGAAUACCAAGAGUCUUAUAGCGGAUACCACCCAGAAUACCAGGAGUCAUACGGUAGAUACCAGCCAGAAUAUCAGAAGUCGUAUAGUAGAUACCAGUAUUAUUGACAUAACUUUAUUGUGAUGUAUAUCUUUAGUCUCGAUUGGAGAGAAUAUCCCAGAAAACUUUUGCAUAUAUAUAAUAAAUUUUAUGACAAUAAUAGAGGAAGGCACAGGAGUCCAGCCGCGGCACAUGAUAUGGAUCAUCUUUCAACCGCGUUGCACUUUGAGCUUUCCGUUUGCUGUUUAGGGUGAAGCUUCUUAAACUUGAUCUGGCAACCAUUUCCUUCUGUUUCGUAGGGCUGUUUGUAUUGUACUAAAAAUGUAAAAUUUCCCUGAUUUGUUAUGGUUGUAUCCAGUACUGAAAUGGGUGUUUGAUGUUUUCAUUUCAUCUACUACUUUCCUUAAUAAAAUAGCAUCAGGGGCAAUGUUAACUUUUCACAACCAACC